AAUCUCAGUCUCUCUCGUUUGUUCCCGUCUCGAGCGCAAGCAUAAGAGUCUGCUAGGUCGCCUCUCUGUUCGUGAGCUGCUAGGUGAGUACAGUACAGAUCUUCUCGUUUUCCUACAAUGGCGGAAGCUAUAACUGGAAAUAAUCCAUCCCUAUCUGAGCAAUAUUUUUUGGGGAAAGAGGAGAAGCAAGAGAUAGCCACAAAACCUAUGGAAGUAAAAGAGGUUGAGAAACCAGUUAUUGUUGCUGCUGAGGAGGUUGCCACUGAAAAAGUUGAGGAAGCAGCACCUGUUACUGAAACAAACGCCCCUCCUGCUGCUGUUGAAGAAAACAGCCCUCCAGCUGUUGAAGAAAGUGCCCCUCAUGCUGCAGAAGAAGAAGGCACUGGAUCCAAUCCAGCGGCUUUGGAGGACGGCACGGAAAAUGAACCAGCGGCUGAAGAAAGCAGUGAAGAAAGCCAAGAAGCAGCUGAGGAGACACAGAAAUAAAGUUAC